CGAAUUUCAAGGCAAAAUAGGGCUUUCUAGGGUCUAAAUUAGGCUGUUUGGGGCUUCUAGGACUAUCUAGGCGCAUUUACUAAAGCGAUUUCCAGAGAACACCAAAAUUAUGUAUAUAAAAGCCAGUACGAUCUGAUGGCGUCUACUUCCAACGCAGCGUCGCCUAACAACUCUUCACAACCACCACCUACAAAAAAUGCACGACCCCGAAGGGCUGUGAGGCCGUGUGACCUUUGCCGUGUGCGAAAGUCGCGGUGCGUUCUACCGCCAGGGACACCGUGCUGUACAGUGUGUCAAUCUCGUCAGACAGCAUGUACUUUUGAUCAAAAGCCGCCGCCUAGGCAUUCGCGUUUGCUGUUAAGCAGGAGCCGUGACUUUCGUCAGCCUCCCAUUGAAAGGAAUGCACGCUCAGGGCAGGUGUAUCGUAACCUGGCUCCCAAUACAGCUAGAGAUCAAGGAGUCUCGAUCCAGCCAAGGGUGACCGAUGCUAGCGCUGUCGUUGGUUGCUCUCCCGCUUCCUCAUCUGCAUCGAGCUAUCAGAGCCCCCUGGUAUCAGGAAGUUUGGAAGGGGAGCAGGAUGCAGAAAUACAGAGCCCUCGGGCUGUACUUCCGGUGGAUAUUUCGCGAAGGCAUGGAGAUGACGAUGGCUCCCUAGGGCUCUCCAAAUCUUACUUUGCAGAAUUGUACGGGCUUACAAGCGACAUGGAGCCAGUACUUAUGCGGCAUCGACCGUAUGAUGCUCAGUCACGUCAGUUUCGCCUUGACACUCAUAGUAUUCGACGUGUUCUGCAGGAAGACAUGGGCAUGCAGUAUCCAGUAACAUUCCACGUUGUUAGGGAUGAUAAGGCAAUCGGAUACCAGGAUCACAUCGAACAGGAUACAAUCGAGCGUUGCGUUGCGCCAUACGGUCCUAGUCUGGUUGAUCUCUUCUGGAGGAUAGUGCACCCGUGUUAUCCUAUUCUAAGCAAAGGCAAGUUUAUGGAGCGAUACUCAGCAUCUUACCGCGAGAUCGAUGCACCAAUAUUAGGGGCAGUAUAUCUGAUUUCCUUGAAUUGGUGGACCUACGACCGAGAGCUUAGCAACAAAUCAGCGCCAAACGAAACAUUGUUAAGAGAAAGAGUCAUCAAAACAAUCCAGAACAGCUAUCACCGACCUAAGCUAUCAUCAAUCGAGGCUACUUUACUCUUGGUGCAAUGUAAGCCAGAGGAUGCUUUAAAUCCGGAUCAUACAUGGACCUGGGGAUAUACUAGUCAAGCACUGGGAAUUGGCGAAGCACUAGGACUCCAUUUGGAUGCCAGCUCUUGGGAGAUACCUAGUUGGGAAAGUGGGCUACGUAAGAGGCUCUCUUGGGCACUGUAUAUGCAAGAUAAAUGGACUGCCUUAAUGCAUGGACGACCCAGCCAUAUCCAUGAUGACAACUGGGGGGUCGAAGACAUUGAGGACAGUGAUUUCUACGAGCAUGAUGAGAAUAAGGAUUCAAGAAACAACGACGUUCCCGUGAAUGAUAUUCAGACAGGGAGAAGAGGAUUUAUGGAGAUGGUCACGUUAUCUAAAAUUCUUAGCACGAUAUUAAAAGACUUCUUUUCGCUGCGUGCUAGCAAAUCUCAAGACACUGUUGAGCUUUAUCAAAGAGCGUUUCCGGUCUUAGAGAAAUUACACAUCUGGCACGAGAAUAUUCCACAUUCACUGCACAUGGACAGGCAGGUCCCCCGGCGACUUUGUGCAAAUGGUAUGUUGUAUUGCCCUUCUACAAUGCUUCAGAAUUAACGAAAACAAGGUUUCCUUCAUUUGUCAUAUCACAGUCUAGUCUUGACACUCAUGCGGAGAAUUAUUAGAUCUACUGCACUUGCACCACUUUGCUCACAUGUUGCUGUUCUCAACGAUACUCGUAAGCUAGCCAGCGACUCGGCCGAAGCUGCGAUGGCUUUCGUCCGUACAAUACGUCCGGAUCAUUUGGAAGCAUUCUGGUU